CGCUGCUAUCUCCAAAACCCUCAGUUUCUCCGGCGGAAGAGAAGCAAAUUUCCGUUCCCAAGUAACAACUCCCACCCACCACCAUGGCCGGCGCGACGUCAUACGACCACGAUAUCCCUGUUCCCGGAGAAACCCCGUCCAUCGGAUACGACCCAAACUACGUACCCGACUCCGUGAAAUCAUUCGUAGUCCACAUGUACCGCCACAUACGGGAGAAGAAUGUUUACGAGAUUCACCAAAUGUACGAGAAUUCAUUCCAGAGCAUCAGUGAUAGGCUCUUUAAGGAUUCCCCCUGGCCUUCCGUCGAUGCCGUGGCGCCGUAUGUUGAUAACGAUCAUGUUUUUUGCUUGCUGUAUCGUGAGAUGUGGUUCCGCCAUUUGUAUGCGCGGCUUUCGCCCACGCCUAAGCAGAGGAUUGACUCGUGGGACAAUUAUUGUAGUCUCUUCCAGGUUGUAUUGCAUGGGGUGGUCAAUAUGCAGUUGCCAAAUCAGUGGUUAUGGGAUAUGGUGGAUGAAUUUGUCUACCAGUUUCAGUCAUUCUGCCAGUAUCGUGCCAAGAUGAAGAACAAGACUGAGCAGGAGAUUGCACUUCUGCGGCAGUAUGAUCAGGCAUGGAGCGUAUAUGGUGUCCUCAAUUUCUUACAAGCACUAGUGGAGAAGUCUAUGAUCAUUCAAAUACUGGAGCAGGAGAAGGAAGGCCUUGAACAGUUUACUGCUACUGAUGGUUAUGAUUACAGUGGUGGAAGUAAUGUCUUGAAGGUGUUGGGAUAUUUUAGCAUGAUAGGCCUGCUGAGAGUUCACUGUUUGUUGGGUGAUUAUCACACUGGCCUGAAGUGCUUAGUCCCUAUUGACAUAAGUCAACAAGGCGUUUAUACCAGUGUUAUUGGAAGCCAUAUUACUACAAUCUAUCAUUAUGGAUUUGCAAAUCUUAUGCUCAGAAGGUAUGUGGAGGCAAUUCGAGAAUUUAAUAAGAUACUCGUUUACAUUUUCAAGACUAAGCAAUACCACCAAAAAUCUCCACAAUAUGAGCAGAUAUUGAAGAAGAAUGAGCAGAUGUAUGCCUUGCUUGCUAUAUCUCUCUCUCUCUGUCCCCAAGUGAAGCUUGUUGAGGAGAAUGUGAACUCCCAAUUGCGUGAAAAAUAUGGUGAAAAGAUGUUGAGAAUGCAGAGAUAUGAUGAUGAGGCAUUUGCUCUUUAUGAUGAGCUCUUCUCUUAUGCAUGCCCAAAGUUUAUUACUCCAGCUCCUCCAAGCUAUGAGGAACCUCUUGUAAACUACAACCAGGAUGCCUAUAGGCUACAGUUGAAGUUGUUCCUUUAUGAAGUGAAGCAGCAACAACUAUUGUCAGGGGUCGGUACAUACUUAAAAGUGUAUUCCACAAUCUCCCUUGGGAAGCUUGCAGCUUACAUGGAAGUGGAUGAACCUACCUUGAGGACAAUUUUGAUGACAUACAAACACAAGACACAUUCCGUAGAUUCUGAUGGAAAAAUCACCUCAAAUGCCAAUGUCGAUUUCUACAUUGAUGAUGAUAUGAUUCAUGUCUUCGAAUCAAAACCAGCAAAACGGAAUGGAGAUUAUUUUAUGCGCCAAAUUGUCAAGCUUGAAGGGGUAAUGACUGAUAUUGACAGGAUAAAGCUGGAGUGAGUGAGCAUUAGAAAUUUUCGUCUAGGAUAUCUGCUGCCUUUUUGUAGCUUCACAAUAUGAUAGCAUAGAUAUUUGGGUGCUGCCGCCACUAAUCUGCAAACAAGCUCAAAAAAGAGGAGGAAGCUGGGGGGCGUUAUUUUAAGUAUUCUCCCUUGGAGUCUUUAUUAGGUGUCUUAAAUGUUGUUCAUUUCUGAUGUACUUAUCAUUCAAGGGUUGUAAGGAAGUUACCAGACUGAAAUCAAGUUCAUCUAUUCUUUUCUGUCCCUGUUGAAUAGCAUCUGCAGAACUGAAUGAUCUUAGUCAUGUUGUUCAUUCUGCUAGUACUAAUACAGUUUUUCAGAGUCA